UCCUUUCCCUGCAAGAACUUUGUUUCGUAACACAACACAGACUGAAAGGGAUUGAGGUGAGAACGGACUGCAAAUCUGCAAUCCGGCCUUCCUUCCCCACUGUAGUACGUAGUAGAAUGGAACAAAUGUAACCCAUAUCAAGUCCAAGCUCACCGGACCGUGCGACCCGUGAAUUUCCAAUUUUACGUGUUUGGGAAAGCGACAGAGAGAAGCGGACGAGAUGAGAUCCGCGGGCGGAGAGGAAACGAAACCAGUGCGAUCCAUAUAAAAUCGUCCCACCGCACACAACACUCCCGUCCCACCUUCGUCCCAAGUCAAAACCCAUCGUGGCUCACUGGUUUUUCUCAAAAAGACAAAGGAAACCAUACUGUUUAUCAUGUCAGGAGGAUCAACUAGAUCUUCCACGUCAUCCGGACGAAUUAGCUCUACGACGUUGUCAGAUUUGAAGGACCUGGAACUUUCUCCAGAGUCUGGCUGCUUGUCCAUUGUUGUUCUAGGUGCUUCUGGGGACCUUGCUAAGAAGAAAACUUUCCCGGCACUCUUUAACCUUUUUCAGCAGGGAUUUCUACAAUCUGGAGAAGUCCAUAUAUUUGGGUAUGCAAGAUCAAAUAUCUCUGAUGAUGGAUUAAGGGAACGCAUUCGUGGAUACCUAAAAGGAGCCUCAGAAGAACAUCUUUCACAAUUUCUGAAAUUAAUUAAAUAUGUUAGUGGUUCGUAUGAUAGUAGCGAAGGAUUUGAAUUGCUGAACAAGGCAAUCUCAUGGAAUGAAACAUCAGAGAAAAACCAACCAGGAAACUACCGUAGGCUAUUUUAUUUGGCAUUGCCACCUUCAGUCUAUCCUUCAGUAUGCAAAAUGAUAAGAACAUAUUGCAUGGCUCCAUCCUCCCAUACUGGUUGGACAAGGGUUAUUGUUGAAAAGCCCUUCGGGAAGGAUUUAGGUUCUUCAGAGGAACUGAGUUCCCAACUUGGAGAGCUUUUUAAUGAACAACAACUUUAUAGAAUCGACCACUAUUUAGGAAAGGAGUUGGUCCAAAACUUGCUCGUCCUUCGCUUUGCAAAUCGCUUCUUUUUGCCCCUCUGGAAUCGGGAUAACAUUGCUAACGUACAGAUUGUAUUCAAGGAGGACUUUGGGACUGAUGGACGUGGAGGAUAUUUUGACCAAUAUGGUAUCAUUCGGGACAUCAUUCAGAACCAUUUACUGCAGGUGUUCUGCUUGGUGGCCAUGGAAAAGCCUGUCUCUCUUAGCCCUGAGCACAUAAGAGAUGAGAAAGUCAAGGUUCUGCAAUCAGUGGACUCUAUAAAGCACGACGAGGUAGUCCUUGGGCAAUAUGAUGGCUACAAGGAUGACCCUACAGUACCAAAUGAAUCCAACACGCCUACUUUUGCAUCUGUUGUACUGAGGGUACACAAUGAGAGAUGGGAGGGAGUUCCUUUCAUUCUCAAGGCUGGUAAAGCACUAAACUCUAAGAAAGCAGAGAUACGUGUGCAGUUCAAGGAUGCUCCGGGUGAUAUUUUUAGAUGCAAGAAACAGGGAAGGAAUGAAUUUGUUAUACGCCUGCAGCCAUCAGAAGCCAUGUAUAUGAAAUUAACUGUCAAGAAACCAGGGCUAGAAAUGGCAACCGAACAAAGCGAACUAGAUUUAUCCUAUGGGCUACGGUACCAAGAUGUAAAAAUUCCAGAAGCAUAUGAGCGUCUCAUCUUGGACACGAUAAGAGGUGAUCAGCAACACUUUGUUCGCCGAGAUGAACUGAAGGCUGCCUGGGAGAUCUUCACUCCUUUGCUGCACGACAUCGAUGCUGGCAAGCUGCAGGCUCUGCCAUACCAAACAGGAAGCCGAGGCCCUCCAGAGGCUGAUGAGUUGAGCAAGAAGAUUGGGUAUGUGCAGACCCAUGGUUAUGUCUGGGCAUCACCUACUCUCGCAAAAUUCUAGCUGUUACCAACUGCGGUUCAACUAGACAAGGGUUCUGGGUACAUAACAAUAAUCACUUGAGGAAAUCAAUUUGGCCUGUAACACUGGAGAGCCUUUAUAGCAAGAACUUUCUUUUUGCCGAAACAGUGGGCAUUUGCGAUUUGAAAUAAAAGAGAUCAUGUUCAAUGUUCAGGGUUUA